AUGCCAUGCGAACCCAUCCUGUUCCCAUUCGUGUCAUCGAUCCUAAGCGGUGCAUGGCUUGUCAGUGUGGGUCCCUAUUCUUAUCGUCUUGCUGCGCAGGAAUGCUCUCUGCCGCAGCGGGUUUUCACGCCUCCUAAACAGUUUGACUGGAGGGAUUAUUUUCUCGGCUUGUUGCAUCCCUGUUGCUUUCAUUAUUCGGCAGCGGUGCCUAGGUCCGGGCAUCGGAAAAAUCCACAUCUUUUUGACCAUGGACGUGGGACUGCCGUGCUAUCGUGCACAUGGACUCCGCGAAUCUUCCAUUACUGUGGGCGGGAUAUCCGUUGGCCCACGGUUUGUCAUUGGUUGAAAGCACAAAGGCGGCGACGUACUUUCUUCUCGCCCUGCAAAAACAGGGCCUGCUCUGUGGGAGGUUAUGGACGAUCGGCAGAAUUCUCUCCUUUAGUGUCAGUGCGGAUAUAUCUCCGCCCCUUAGUUCGUUCCUUUGGAUACAAGCACCGCGACCUAUGCUCUCUCUGCGAGAUGGCAACGCCAAAAUUUCCCUUCCUAUGUCAACAUCCGACCUCACAAAUGUGCUUUCAUGGCGGCAGACACUUUUUUGUGGGGGGGCUGUGGACGAUCUGCUCCUGGCUGGUGAAGUAA